CGGCGGAGGCAGGAACGGUUGUAGGUCGGCCGAAUUAGCCGCCUAAGAGCCAAUGGGAAUGGAGGAGUGAUAAAGUGUUAGCCAAUAGAAGCCAGGAGUCGGGGUCAGGUGGUGAGAUUGGCAGCACUAGCGGCCAGUGAACGAUGCUUGGGGCGGGUCGCUCGCAGGGCUUAUCCCGCCCGUCCCGCCAUUCUCGCUAGUUCGAUCGGUAGCGGGAGCGGAGAGCGGACCCCAGAGAGCCCUGAGCAGCCCCACCGCCGCCGCCGGCCUAGUUACCAUCACACCCCGGGAGGAGCCGCAGCUGCCGCAGCCGGCCCCAGUCACCAUCACCGCAACCAUGAGCAGCGAGGCCGAGACCCAGCAGCCGCCCGCCGCCCCCCCCGCCGCCCCCGCCCUCAGCGCUGCCGACACCAAGCCCGGCACCACGGGCAGCGGCGCAGGGAGCGGCGGCCCGGGCGGCCUCACAUCGGCGGCGCCUGCCGGCGGGGACAAGAAGGUCAUCGCAACGAAGGUUUUGGGAACAGUAAAAUGGUUCAAUGUAAGAAACGGAUAUGGUUUCAUCAACAGGAAUGACACCAAGGAAGAUGUAUUUGUACACCAGACUGCCAUAAAGAAGAAUAACCCCAGGAAGUACCUUCGCAGUGUAGGAGAUGGAGAGACUGUGGAGUUUGAUGUUGUUGAAGGAGAAAAGGGUGCGGAGGCAGCAAAUGUUACAGGCCCUGGUGGAGUUCCAGUGCAAGGCAGUAAAUAUGCAGCAGACCGUAACCAUUAUAGACGCUAUCCACGUCGCAGGGGUCCUCCACGCAAUUACCAGCAGAACUACCAGAAUAGUGAGAGUGGGGAAAAGAACGAGGGAUCGGAGAGUGCUCCCGAAGGCCAGGCCCAACAGCGCCGGCCCUACCGCAGGCGACGGUUCCCACCUUACUACAUGCGGAGACCCUAUGGGCGUCGACCACAGUAUUCCAACCCUCCUGUGCAGGGAGAAGUGAUGGAAGGUGCUGACAACCAGGGUGCAGGAGAACAAGGUAGACCAGUGAGACAGAAUAUGUAUCGGGGUUAUAGACCACGAUUCCGCAGGGGUCCUCCUCGCCAAAGACAGCCUAGAGAGGACGGCAAUGAAGAAGAUAAGGAAAAUCAAGGAGAUGAGACCCAAGGUCAGCAGCCACCUCAACGUCGGUACCGCCGUAACUUCAAUUACCGACGCAGACGCCCAGAAAACCCUAAACCACAAGAUGGCAAAGAGACAAAAGCAGCCGAUCCACCAGCUGAGAAUUCGUCCGCUCCCGAGGCUGAGCAGGGCGGGGCUGAGUAAAUGCCGGCUUACCAUCUCUACCAUCAUCCGGUUUAGUCAUCCAACAAGAAGAAAUGAAUAUGAAAUUCCAGCAAUAAGAAAUGAACAAAAGAUUGGAGCUGAAGACCUUAAGUGCUUGCUUUUUGCCCAUUGACCAGAUAACUAGAACUAUCUGCAUUAUCUAUGCAGCAUGGGGUUUUUAUUAUUUUUACCUAAAGAUGUCUCUUUUUGGUAAUGACAAACGUGUUUUUUAAAAAAAAAGAAAAAAAAAGCCUGGUUUUUCUCAAUACACCUUUAAAGGUUUUUAAAUUGUUUCAUAUCUGGUCAAGUUGAGAUUUUUAAGAACCUCAUUUUUAAUUUGUAAUAAAAGUUUACAACUUGAUUUUUUCAAAAAAGUCAACAAAUGGCAAGCACCUGUUAAUAAAGGUCUUAAAUAAUUGUC